GCCAAAUGUUAUCUAUCCGCUGCAAUACUCUCUCGUCAGCAUCGAAUGGCCUAUUCUACUGUGGGGAAGAAAUAGGUAGUUGAUCUGGGGCACGUCUAGAAUUUGCGACCAGCAAUUCUGUUGUUAGCCUACAUCUGUCAGCUCACAACAAUAUAUUUGGCAUUCUAUCUCUCCAUCUACGAGUUUUAGUUGCUAAUCAGCGUGGGCGCCGCAAACUCUCGGCUGCGAUGCUGCAGAGGUUUGCUCGUUCUUCAGGCCUGCAAAGGUUAUGCAGCGGUCUUCUGGGGUCGCAGGAUACGGUGGCACAAAAAUCGACGAGCGUUGUUCUGCCCAGCUGCCAGGGCCAGGGGCUGACCUGCUUGGCAGACUGGUGGGUGGGCUUCCUGCAUCUGCGGCACAACUCCACAAAUGCAGGCCUCAAAGUCUACAAGCCCACGACGCCUGGGCUGAGGGGGCGCAUAGUGACGACCCGGGAGGACUUAUGGGCUGGCAGGCCAUACCGGCCACUCACGAUGGGCCUGCGGAAAAGCGGAGGCCGGAACAACCAGGGCCGCACCACUGUGUGGCACCGCGGCGGCGGCAGCAAGCGCCUGUACAGAUUUAUUGAUUUUAGCAGGAGGCACGAGGGCGAGGUGGGCACUGUGGAGCGAUUGGAGUAUGACCCUAACAGAACUGCGCGCAUUGCCCUUGUCAAAUACCCAGAAGGAUCCGCGGCUGGCGUGAAGAACGGAUUCACCUACGUGCUGGCGCCGCAAGGGGUGAAGCCUGGUGACAGCAUCACUUCGGGGCCCACCUCUGCCAUCCACCCCGGCAACACCCUCCCCCUCUCCGCCAUGCCCAUCGGCCAGCAGAUACACAAUGUGGAGCUGCGGCCGGGGAAGGGCGGCCAGAUGGCGCGGUCUGCAGGCACUUCUGCCACACUCAUUGCCAGAGGUGCGGACGGGUAUGCGACGGUGCGGCUGCCAUCGGGGGAGCAGCGGCGGGUGCUGGCGGCAUGCCGGGCGACGGUGGGCGCGCUGAGUAACCCGCAGCACAAGAACCGCAAGCUCGGCAAGGCUGGAGCGGCGCGCUGGUCCGGCAGGAGGCCCACGACGCGUGGAAUGGCGAUGAACCCGGUGGAUCAUCCACACGGCGGCGGCCGCGGCAAGCGCAAGGGUCGCAUCAGCCAGACCCCCUGGGGCAAACCCACAAAGGGGUAUAAGACGCGCAAGUCACGUAAUCCCACUGACGUAUUCAUCCACCUCAGCCGCCAUGCCGCCAAGAAGGCCCGCUGA